CCAGCUGGUGGCUGGAACAAUGAAUGCACCGUCUGUCGAGAUCAGUUGACUACUGAUUACUUAGUAACCAUGUUGAAACCAACCGAUUUCGGAUUAUCGAGUGAGAAUGUGAACUUGAUUUCGGAACGAUACUUUUUAUGUCAACAAAUAAAGCCCACCAUCCGAGGCAGUUGGAUAGAAAGGUUUGCCGGUAGUCCGGAUGGCUUUCUGGCAGAUCAUUUUGCCCUGAAGAUUCAGGUCACGCUAUGUGAUUCUCAAACCAAGGAAUUAUCAUUAUUCCUCAAGGUUGUCCCAACCGGGAAUCCCGUUCUUGCUCAGUACUUGUUGGACAUUGGCAGUUUCAAAAAAGAGGUUACACUCUGUGAAAAAGUUCUUCCGAAGAUUCAGGAACGAUUGGCUGGCAAGCAGAUUAUUCCGAGAUAUUUAUUCACCAAAGAUGAUAAGUUAAUUGUCAUGGAGAAUGUAAAACUGAAAGGAUUCGACAUUCUCAAGGAAAAUAAUGGAAUAAUGGACUUCGAACAACUUGAUAAGACGUUGGAGACGUUGGCACAUUUGCACGGUGGAUCAAUAGUAGUAGAAGAAAAGGAAGGACGAAGUCUAACAGAAUUGUUUCCUGAUGCCUUGAAAGAAAAUGCAUGGACUGGAAUUAAAGGUAGCGUCAGAACCAGGGAUGUCGAGAACGUGAUCGUUUUGUGGUGUGGAUUCAUGCGAAUCGCCCAGAAGGAUUCAACAAAAUCGGAAAAGAUUUUAAAGGUCCUCCCUGAAAUUAUCAGAAGUAUUUUUAACCUUGUUAAACCGUCCAAAGUUUGGAGAAAUGUUUUUAGUCACGGAGAUCUCUGGAACAAUAAUGUGAUGUUUAAAAAUAGCCAAGAUGGAGUGCCGUUGGAUUGUGUUCUGGUGGAUUUUCAGCUGUCUCGGUACACUCCACCAGCAUUUGAUAUUAAUAUGCUGUUAUCGCUAACUACUUUGAAAAAGUUCCGAUCCGAGCGAAUGAGCGAAUUACUGGAAAACUACUAUCGGGUUUUCGAACAAAUCCUGAAGCAAAAUGAAAUCGAUCCAGCACACUCCUACACGAAAGAAUCAUUCCUCGAAAGCUGCAAACAUUAUCGUUUAGCAGGUCAAGUCCUUGGUUGUAUCAUCGGUCCCGAGGUGCUGCUACCACAAAACUGUCUGAAUGAGGUAUUCGCGUGCUCAGCGCAAUGUGCUGGCUUUAUGCCAGAUCCAAAAGUCGAUAUCUGCCUUAAGGCUUUCAGGUCCGACCACGUAUAUCGCGAGAGAAUGUUGGACAUGGUGCAGGAGCUACUUCCAGAAGAAUAUGGCGAGAGUUUUUUCAAAUAAUUUUUUUGUUGUAUCUCAGCCAAUGAAUGAAAAUAAAUG